CCAGCGGAGGGCGGACAGGACAGGCUCAUUCUGGCUACACACCAGGGGCUCGUGGUUGGGGUAAUUAGGGGGAAACAAGACGUGCCUGUGCUUCCUGGGGCUGCAGCCAAAUGUACUUUCUUUUCUGGGAGAGACCGUGUGGAGGGGGGCAUGGCCCUGGGCUCUGGGGGGCUGCGUCCCUCCCUCCUGCGGAGAGUGGCCAUCUGCCUCUUGGGAAGCAAGGGCGGGUUGGUAAAGGCUCGCAGCUCCUUGGAGGGGGGAAGCUGGCUCGUUCUGUGAGUGUUUGGGGCGCCUGGGAGAGAGACUCACAGGCUCCCAAGGCUCCCAAGGUGAGGCGGCAAAGUGACACCUGGGGCCCCUGGGGUACCUGGAGCCCCUGCAGCCGGACCUGCGGAGGGGGCAUCAGCUUCCGGGAGCGCCCCUGCUACUCCCGGAGGAGAGAUGGGGGCUCCAACUGCGUGGGCCCCACCCGGAGCCACCGCUCUUGCCACACCGAGAGCUGCCCCGAGGGUGCCAGGGACUUCCGGGCGGAGCAGUGCUCCCAGCUGGACAGCCAGGACUUCCAGGGAAGGCGGUACAAGUGGCUGCCCUACUACGGAGCCCCGAACAGGUGUGAACUGAACUGCAUUCCCAAGGGGGAGAACUUCUACUACAAGCACAGGGAGGCCGUCGUGGACGGGACACCCUGUGAGCCUGGCAAACGGGACGUCUGUGUGGAUGGCAGCUGCCGGGUCGUGGGCUGUGACCACAACCUAGACUCAUCAAAGGAGGAGGACAAGUGUCUGCAGUGUGGGGGUGAUGGUACCACCUGCUACCCUGUCACGGGCACCUUUGAUUCCAAUGACCUCAGCAGAGGCUACAACCAGAUCCUCAUCAUUCCCAUGGGGGCCACCAGCAUCCGCGUGGAGGAGGUGGCCGCCAGCAGGAAUUUCCUAGCGGUGAAGAACGUCCUGGGCGAUUACUACCUCAACGGGCACUGGACCAUCGGGGGCGCCUGGGCCCUGCCCGCAGCCAGCACCGUCCUGCGCUAUGAGCGCGGGGCCGAGGGGGACCUGGCACCAGAGCGGCUCCUGGCUCGCGGCCCCACCUCCGAGCCCCUGGUCGUCGAGCUCCUCAGCCAGGAGGCCAACCCCGGCGUGCGCUUCGAGUACCACCUGCCCCUGGGCAGCCCCCGGCCCGGCUUCCGCUGGAGCCACGGCUCGUGGAGUGACUGCAGCGCUGAGUGCGGCGGAGGUCACCAGUCCCGCGCAGUGUUCUGCACCACUGACGACGAGGUCUACCCUGACCACAUGUGCCAGCCCCAGCUGCGGCCGGCUGACCGCCGCCCCUGCAGCACUCACCCCUGCCCGCAGACCAAGCGGACCUCUUACCUGCACCGGCCCAGAGUGUGGCAUCUUGCUGGGGCCCAGCGUGCAUGCAGGAACAGCUGGAAGAUGGGGCCCUGGUUGCCCUGCUCGGCCUCCUGUGGUGGUGGCUCCCAGUCCCGCUCUGUCUACUGCAUCUCAUCUGAUGGGGCCGGCGUCCAGGAGGCCGAGGAGGAGGCAGAGUGUGCAGGCCUGCCGGGAAAGCCCCCCACCACGCGGGCCUGCAACCUGCAGCGCUGUGCAGCCUGGAGUGCAGAGCCCUGGGGAGAGUGCUCUGUCAGCUGCGGUGCAGGGGUCCGGAGGCGGAACGUCACUUGCCAGAGUGAUGAGGGGGCUCUGCUCCCUGCCACGGCAUGCUCCUCGGAGCACCGGCCCCCUACCACUGAGCCCUGUGUGCAUGAAGACUGUCCCCCCAUCAGGGACCAGGCCUGGCACGUGGGCGCCUGGGGUCUGUGUUCCAGGAGCUGUGGCUCGGGUACUCGGAGGCGCCAGGUCACCUGUGCCAUCAGGCCGCCUGGCCACUGCAGGAGCCUGCAGCCAUGGAAGCCUGGGGAGGUGGAGCCCUGUAACACCCAGCCCUGCCAUCUGCCCCCAGUGGCUCAGGCCCUGCCUGAGCAGCGGGAGGGGAGCACAUGGUGGUUAGGGUGGCCACUGCUCAGGCCUGACUGCCUGCUCCCUGCAGAAGUCCCCAGCAUGCAGGAUGUGCACACCAGCCCCAGGGAUCCCUGGAUGUCUUUGGGCCCUCAGGGGGCCCCUGCCUCAGAUUCUAGACACCAGUGGUGGCUCCCCCAGGAGCAGCCCUCGGUCCAGGGGAACCCCAGAGGAGCCCAGGGCCUCCACCUGGCAGGCCCAGCUCCCGCUCUGCCGCAGUCCCCACACCAGAAGCCCCUGCAGUCUGGCUUGGCACCCCAAGACUGCAGACACAGCGCCUAUGGGUGCUGUCCUGAUGGCCACACCGCAUCUCUUGGGCCGCAGUGGCAGGGCUGCCCUGGAGACUCAUGUCAGCAGAGCAGGUACGGGUGCUGCCCUGAUGGGGUGUCUGCGGCUGAGGGGCCCCAUCAAGCUGGCUGUGCAGGGUCUUACAGCAGUGACAACACCAGGAGAAGGCCGGGGUCAAGAGCAGUGGCUUCCACAGCACCCAAGGCCCAACAGCCCCAGGCUCAGCAGAAUGAGCCCAGUGAGUGUCGGGGCUCCCAGUUUGGCUGUUGCUAUGAUAAUGUGGCCUCUGCUGCUGGCCCUCUUGGGGAAGGCUGUGUGGGCCAGCCCAACUAUGCCUACCCUGUGCGGUGCCUGCUGCCCAGCGCCCACGGCUCCUGCUCGGACUGGGCUGCCCGCUGGUACUUCGUCCCCUCUGUGGGCCGGUGUAACCGCUUCUGGUACGGCGGGUGCCACGGCAACGGCAAUAACUUUGCCUCUGAGGAGGAGUGCGUGAGCAGCUGCCGGGGGCCGCAGCGUGGGCCCCGCAGACCGGAGCCCGGGGCCUCUGGCCAGAGCACCCACGGAGCCGGAGCCGGUGGCGGCGGGGGGCCUGGAGGCCGGCAAGAGGGCAGCUGGCACGGGACGGGGGCCGCGGUCCAGGCGAAGCCACUGCCGCCUUCUGGUGGCCUCUGGUGGCGCAACCAAGAGCCCGGGCCAAGGGAGGAGUCCCACAGCCAGGCCUUCGGAGAACGGCCCCGGGGCGGGGAGCUUGGGCCCAGCGCCCCUGGACUGGGCGGAGAUGCGGGGGGACCAGCCGCGCCCUCCCACAGCUCUUCCUACAGGAUCAGCUUGGCAGGUCUGGAGCCGUCACUGGUGCAGGCAGCCCUGGGGCAGUUGGUGCAGCUCUUCUGCCAAGGUGGCACCUCCUUGGAUCCCCACGCCAGGUGGCAGAAAGACGGGCAGCCCAUCUCCUCCGACAGGCACAAGCUGCAGCCUGAUGGCUCCCUGAUCAUCAGUCCCCUGUGGGCAGAGGACGCUGGCACCUAUAGCUGUGGCAGCAGCAGGCCAGGCCAUGACUCUCAGAAGAUCCAGCUUCAUGUCACAGGGGGUGAUGUGGCCGUAUUGUCUGAGGCUGAGCCAAGGCACUUCCCUCAGACCAGGGACCCAGCCCAGGGCCACAGUCCUCGGGACCCCAGCCUUGUGGAGGACAUGGGGGGCCUAGGGGCCAUCUCUUCCUUGCGGCCUCGGCCCAUGACCAGGCUGCUUCUGGACAAGAACCAACCUGGGGUGGUGGACGCCCAACCAGGCCAGCGGAUCCAGUUGACCUGCCGUGCUGAGGGCUUCCCACCCCCAGCCAUUGAGUGGCAGAGAGAUGGGCAGCCCCUCUCUUCCCCCAGACAUGAGCUACAGCCCGAUGGCUCUCUGGUCAUCAGCCACGUGGCUGUGGAGGAUGCUGGCUUCUAUGCCUGUGUUGCUUUCAGUGGGCAGAACCGAGCCCAGAGAUGGGUCCAGCUCAGAGUUCUGGGGGAGCUGACCAUCACAGAGCUGCCUUCUACUAUGAUGGUGCCAGAGGGUGACACGGCCAGGCUGCUGUGUGUGGUGACAGGAGAAAGUGUAAACAUCAGAUGGUCCAGGAACGGGCUGCCAGUGCGGGCUGAUGGGCAUCGUGUUCACCAGUCCCCAGAUGGCACACUGCUGAUCCAUAACCUGCGGGCCGGAGACGAGGGUUCCUACACAUGUAGUGCCUACCGUGGAAGCCAGGCUGUCAGCCGCAGCACCGAGGUGAAGGUGGUCCCGCCGGCACUGCAGGCCCAACCCAGGGACCUCAGAAGGGAGUGUGUGGAUCAGCCUGAGCUGGCCAACUGUGAUUUGAUCCUGCAAGCCCAGCUCUGUGGCAAUGAGUAUUACUCUAGCUUCUGCUGUGCAAGCUGCUCUCACUUCCAGCCUCACGUUCAGCCCAUCUGGCAGCAGGGAUGAAGGCUAGCUCCAGCCCUGGUCCUGAAACAACUCUCCGUCUAUGGUCUCUGGCUAGCAAAGGAUCUGUCGUCUGGAGAAUGGACCCUUUGAGCCCACUGCACCUCACCACCUCUCCCCCUAACAUUUUAGGCAGCUGUCAAGAUGAAUCUGCUUGAAGAAGGACACCCUUAUGGCUUCCCUCUAUAAUCUGUUAUACAGGAUCAGUUCACUGUGUUCUAAAACAAGCUACUAGGGUUCUCACUUCAUUUAAACUGGGUCGGGAGCUGUGUAAUGGUUUUAAAAUUAACAUGUAUCUCACAUGGGACACACUAAUUCCUGCCGUGUCAGGCAAUUUGUCUUUGCUAGAACUCCCAUCUCAUCCAGGGUCAAACAAUGGUCCAUAGCUCUAGUCAACCUCACCCUUUCAGGUAGUAUAGCAGUCAGCUUCAACUCUCAUCUGUAUGUACAGAGCUCUUGCUAAAGUGGAAUAGGAUACAUAAGGCCCAGUACAGGAUGUGGGAUGAAGAAGCAGCAGCUGGUCACAUGAGCAUGACAGAACUAGGAGAGCUCCUUAUUUUCAUCAGGUAGCUGGUGCCUGAAUCCCUCAUCCUGAGGCCACCAUGCAGAGCCUGCUUACGAGGAUCACCUGAUAAGCUGACAUACCUGCUAUGUACACUGACCAGCUGGGGGCCUCUCUUCCCCAAGCAGGAACCUGUGAGGCAAAACAUUUGCUGCCAGCUAAAAACCAGACAAUUAAAAACAGGCAUCAGCAGGGUAGGGGAGCAAUGGUUUCAGUAGUGGUUUGAGUUGGAAGAAGUCCUCCUCCAUCUCUCAGAACCUCCAGAUCCUCGCUUCUAAACAAGAGGUAUGGAUUCAAUGAGCUUCCAGGUCCCUUUCCCCUUUAACCUUCUGCAUCUAGAGGACUGACUGGGCCUGUGACAGAUCAAUUUGGGACACAGGAGACAGGCAUUACAGGGAAAGCUGACUUUCAUUACUAGCACACUGGCUGGAAAAGAGACACACUGCAUCAUGGUUGAGUGAUACUUCUUGGUCUACCUCUUAUUCAACACAGGAAACCUGGGUUAGCAGCAGAGGUAUUUUUUUCUUUCUGUUUAAAAAAAUGACAGAGGAGGAUCCCCUUUCAUUUACCAUGGCUGGUUUUGCUAUACCAGCAAACUAAGGGCUACUUUCUUGGACUCCCCAGUUCUCCCCAAUUGGCAACAUCAUUCAUGAGGUAAGUUUGAGGUUAGCUAGCUCUUCUCAGAACUAGUCAGAGAAUAGAGGGAAAAGGAACACUUAAGCUAGACCAGUGGUUCUCAACCCUCUCCCAUACUGGAAGUUUUUUUAAGAAAAAACAACCAGCACCCCCCCCCCCCUUUGAUUUAAUCAGUCUGGUUUAUGGACUGGCAGGAGAAUUUUGAAAGCUCCCCAGGUGAUUCUAGUAUGUAUCCAAGGCUGAGACUCACUGCUCCAGCAGGGCCUUUCAGAAGGUGAAGCUUGUUCCAGGGUGUUUUCUGAUUAUGAGGCUGGGGGUGCGGAGGGAUAGGACUGAGAUUCUGUACCUCUACUCCGCUCCUAGGUGCAGUCCAUGCUCCUGUUCCAGACCACACUUUGAGCAACCAGAAACUGACAUCAGAGAUAUACUUAGGUUCAACCAAAGCCUAAAGUAUAAAUACAAAUGUGAAUUUUAAGAAUAUACCAGUCCCAAUGGGCAAAAUAUAUGAAGGGGAUUAAUCCAGUGGUACAAUCUCCCAGUUAUAAGUCACGGAGAUGAAAAGUAUAACAUAGGGAAAAUAGUCAAUAAUAUUGUAACAACAUGUAUGGUGACAAAUGGUGACCACACGGUGGUGAGCACUGUGUAAUGUAUAGAAUUGCUUGAUCAAUAUAUUGUACACCUGAAACUAUAACACUGUAUGCCAAUUCUACUUCAAUAAAAAAAAGAAUAUAUUAGUCCCAAUAAAAGACUUUCUAGCCACCAAA